CACCUCUCUUUUCUUUGCAUUAUGGCGAACACUAACGGCCACGUAUCGGAAAAGGAGUCACCGCUCGCACUAGCGGAAAGCAUACUCUCGCUGACCCAGACUCUGGUACGCCACCUUCGAGAAACGUCACAUUCUCUUCCGGAUUUCAGCGUUUCGUCUCCGGGGCCUCCGUUGACAUCGACGUAUGAAUCGCUUCGCUUUUCUUUGAACACGGCGGCACUAGACCUGCUUCGCUUGGUCAAUGGACCGAAGAGCACCUUCCGCACGUUCUUUACGACCCACUAUGACCUCGCCGCAUAUCAAGUAGCGCUGGAGUUCAAGUUCUUCGCACUAGUACCCUUGAAUAGCCCAAUUACAGUUGAAGCUUUGGCGAAACAGGCCGGCAUAGCUGAAGAUCGAGUCGGUAUGGUGAUGCGAAUUCUGGCGACACAACGAGUGUUCAAAGAGCGCGAAAAGGGAGUUUUCGAGCAUACCAGUGCCAGUGCGGUCAUCGCAAGGGAUCCGCUGUUGCAGGAUGCCUUCCUGAUGCAAAUGGAUGAAAUGUUCCGCGCCGCGUCCGAGACGUCUUCGUCACUGCAAGCUUCGCCUUACAAGUUCGAUGGUCUGAACUCGCCGUUCGCUACCAGGCACAAGCUUCCAGCGUACGAGUACUAUAAAGCCAAUCCGGAGAAGGGAGCGCGAUUUGCCAGAGCAAUGGCCGGUGUAACCAGGCUGGACCGCCAACUUGUGGAGGUGCGAGACGAGUUCCCGUGGGAUACCAUCGGAGACGGAACGCUCGUUGAUGUUGGAGGAGGAAGCGGGCAUAUCGCGAUAUCCCUAGCGAAGAGCUUCCCAAAGAUGAAAUGCGUCAUUCAAGACGUCUCGCCCCUGAUGCUUGCCCCGGGUCAAGGCCUUCUGGAUGACUCAGUCCGAGAUCGAAUAGAGUUCAUGCAACACGACUUCUUCCAACCGCAGCCGCUGGAGGCCAAUGCAUACCUCAUUCGGCAAAUUGUGCACAACUGGAACGAUGAGGACUGCGUACGGUUAUUCCGGGCCUUCGUUCCAGCUCUUGAGCGCUGUGCUCCAAAGACUCCGCUCCUCAUCAACGACACGAUUCUGCCUGAAAUCGGGGAGAAAACACCGUAUGAGGAACACGGGCUGCGCCAACUCGAUAUCGGUAUGUGGGUUGUUCUUGGUGCCAAGCAAAGGUCGCAAGAGGAGAUUGCUGCUUUGUUGAGAGAAGCAGAUCCGAGGUUCAAGAUAGCCAAGGUCCACUCCAAGGGCUCCAUGGGACUGGUGGAAGUCCAUCUCGCCAAGGACGAGAAACUUGGAGCUGGGCUGGAAGGGUUCAAGAACACAGAUGCCAAGAAUGAAGCCAUUGAGCUUGAUAGAGAAUUCUCCAAGAGUGACUAUUCGUAAGAUGCGCAGAUGUUGUUGCUCGCA